AUGCACAGAGACACAGGCAACAAACAACAAACACUUAUAAUUCCCCUAGCCGCCGAUAUCGGCCCCCUAGAAUCGGCCCCGAUCCGCCGACGCACCCAACCUACAAUCACUUCCUGCAGCAGCAGCAGCAGCAGCAGCAAAUGCAGAAACAGCAGUAGGUGCUCCUACAAGCAAUUAGCGGUGCUCUCGGGGCACGCCGGCUCCGUCUCCUGCGUCGCCCUCUGCGGCGAGUUCGUCCUCAGCGCCUCCCUCGGCGACGACAUCGUCCUGUGGCAGCAGCCCGAUCUCCGCCAGUUCGCCAGGUUCGGCCACGGCGGCACCGGCUCGGUGAAGGCGCUCGCGGCCUCCGGCGCCCGCGUGUUCUCCGCGCACCAGGACGGCCGCAUCAGGGUCUGGAAGGUCUCCCGCCGCGGCGGCGCCGGCGCCGGCCCCGGCCGCGAGAACGCCCUCCGCCUCGCCGCCACGCUGCCGACCGCCAGGGACUACCUGGGCCGCUGCCUGAAGCAGAGCAACUACGUCGAGGCGCGCCGCCACCACCGCAGGCUCUGGAUCGAGCACAUCGACAGCAUCUCCUGCUUGGCCAUCCACGCCGGCUUUAUCUACUCCGCUUCAUGGGACAGGACUCUCAAGGUGUGGAGAUUAUCCGAUUACAAGUGCUUGGAGUCGAUUCGGGCUCACGACGACGCCAUCAACGGCCUCGCAGCCGGUAACGGAUUCAUCUACUCGGCAUCGGCCGACGGAAAGAUCAAAGCCUGGGCCAAAGGGAAGAGCUCGCACUACCUGAAAGCCUUGUUGGGGGCCUACGACGACGUGUCGUGGAACGCGGUGGUCGCGUGCGGCGACGGCCGGUCGGUGUACGCAGGCGGCUCCGACGGGCGGCUCGCCGGGUGGGAGAUAGACCCCAGCAGAAAUGGAUCCUGGAGCCUGGUUUGCGACGUCGGCAGAGCCCAUGACAUGGCCAUUCUGUGUUUGUGCUCCAUGGGGGAUCAAUUUGUGUGCAGUGGAUCAGCUGAUAAGAGCAUUGGGGUGUGGAGGAGAGAGAAAGGUGGUGGAGUUUGCAGAGUUGGAGUGGUGAGGGGGCAUGAGGGGCCAGUGAAGUGUGUGCAAGCUUUGGAGAGUAGUAGGGUUGGGGAGGGGUUUAUGUUGUACAGUGGGGGGAUUGAUAAGAGCUUGAGAGUGUGGUGGAUUGCAAAGGAUUGUAGUGAGAGAAAGAGCAAACAAGCAGAGGAUGAGAAGUGCAUUGUGUUGAGGUAGAACAGAAGGGGUGAUGCUUUUGGUGGUUUUGGUGUGUUUUGGGUUCUUCCUGCUUCUCUCAAGUUUUUAGUUGGAGGAAGCAUUUGAUCAUGUGGUUUAGAUUUGGUUGAUUUGUUGAAUUCAUUGUGAGUUUGGUUAUACUUCACACACAUAGUUUUACUCACAAGUCAUUGUGAUUGUUUUCAUCAAAUUGUGUGAGAUAAAAUUUCUCAGAUGAUGUACACAAAAAUGUCAGUGUUGUGGUAAUUACAUGUAAUAUAUAUUAUUAAU